AUGCCAGCCUUUUCCAUUACCAAGGAUAUUCCCUCGCAUAUGAAGCGGAAGCGCAGCUCGAGUUAUAAAUCAGCCUACAUUCCCCAAAGUCGUACCCAACUCCUCGUACCACCAGUGACCAUGUGUUUCCAGAAUACCAAGUACGACUGCGGGCACGAGGAAAUGAACGUCCUCCGCUGUCGUAACCUCUUCGGCUUCCGCGGCCUCCUCACACGCUGCUGCAACCUCCUGCGUCCCAAUCAAGCCGAUGACCUGCCCUGCGACCACGUCCCGCGCGUCUCCGUGCACCGCGGCCACAUCUGCCAUUGGUGCCUAAUACAGCGGAUCCCCAGCCUCUUCAGGCGACAGCAAAGGCUCCUUCGCGCCCUUCACGGCGACUGUUCCGAAGAUCUUAUAGACGAUGGCCCGUCCAAGAUCCCGCCGCCCACUUCCCGGCCAGGGUAG